CUGGCAAAUGCUGGCAAAUGGCUGCGCAAUCACUCAGCUGAAUGAUUUCGCCUGCUUGUUCUGCCUUGGCAAAGUUUUACGAAGCCAUGCUCGCUUAUCUGUGCUGAGAAGAACUCGAGAUUUUCGGUAAGGUUGCGGGAACAAGCAAGUCACUUUUUUGGCGUGCGAGAUAUGACGUAACGAGCGCGGGAGUCGGGACUGCCGACCCCGUAAGUGGGGCGCUUGAUUUAGCUUCUUCUUUGGACCGGUACCGCCUUCAUCCACAGUGUUAUUAAAGCUCAGCAGAAGUAAAUUAUAAACUUUCCUCUUUACCGCCAUGUCCUACCACCCAUCAAAUCACCAAAACUCGGACUACGGCGCACCAUUUGCGCCACACAAUAAUCAAGGUUACUAUCCUCCCGGAGGAUUCAAUUUGCCUCAGGCUCCCGGUAAUCCUCCCCCUAUUCCAUCGUAUUCUUAUCCUGCAUCAAAUUAUCAAACUCAACCCCCUCCUCCUUCUUUUCACGACGGAUAUGUGCCAACGUAUCUACCCCCUCCAGCAUCCCAACCGCACGGAGGUUACACUCCCGGCCCUCCUCCGUCACAAUCGACAUAUCCAGGAGUCUCUUACCAAGCUCCACAGUAUUCUCACUAUCAAAAUCAAGCAUCUAUCAUACAAUACCGCAAUACGCCUGUUCCGGCACCUGUAGGGUACGAUCUGCCACCUUUGGGUGAUAUUGCUCCGGGGUACGACCCUUCGCUGGAUAUUGACAAGAUUCGGAAAGCUACGAAAGGAAUAGGCACUGACGAGACUGCUCUUGUUGCUGUUCUAGCUCAUCUUGGGUCGCUUCCUAUAGCUUCGCUGUCGGCAGCUUUCAAAGCGAGGACAGGGAAAACUCUAGUCGAAGUUUUGGACAGCGAGACCAGCGGAUAUUUCGGAGAAACGCUUCACGGACUAGUCCAAGGUCCACUUUGGCACGACGCUGAACUUGCUCGGAGUGCAAUUCAAAGGGCAGGAACGGAUGAACUGCUUUUGACCGAGGUAAUCGCCGACUUGACUGCUUCAGAUCGCCAAAAUCUCUUCAUGGCAUAUCGGAUGCGCUACGGUCGCGAUCUCCAAGCUGAUAUACGCAACGACUUGAGUGCAAAGACAGAAAGACUGUACACCAUGAUAAUUUCAUCAAAUCCACCACCAGAUAAUGUAGCUGUGAAUUUCCAGCAAGUCGAGCAUGAUGUGAAGGCGUUGUAUAAGGCUGGGCAAGGGAAGAUUGGAACAGAUGAAAUCACAUUCUGUGAUAUUAUCAUCAAUCGCUCGAAACCCCAUUUAGCAGCACUAUGCGAUGCAUACAGUAGGAAAUACAAAUCACUUACGAAAGUCAUCAAGUCUGAGUUCUCCGGCCACAUGCGUCAAACUCUCUUAUUCAUUGUCGAAGGAGCAAAGCCAAAACACUUGAUGGAAUUUGGUCCAGGUGUGUGGCGGGACGCCAAGUUGCUUGAGAAAUCCAUGAAGGGUUUGGGAACGAAAGACAAGCAACUCGUAAGAAGAAUCAUCCGAUACCAUUGGGACAGGCCUCGCUUUGAAGCGAUCAAAGCUGCUUAUCAGAAGAAGUAUAGGAAAUCACUUGAAGGACGCAUCGCUGGGGAAACUAGCGGAGAUUAUAAAAAGCUUUUGGUGGCUAUUGUGAAAGGGAUUUGAGGAGUCUUUUGAGUGAGAACAAUCGUAUUUUAACCUUGUCUUGUCUAUUCGUAUAAAUACUGACGAUGUAGUAACGACGUAACUUUAUGUAGUAAUUUUUUGUACUGUAUGUACUUACUGUCUUUUAAUCACAUCUUACCUGUAUCAAUGAAUUACGCUACGCAG